AUGGAGAACUGGGCGACGGAUUGCGGCUGGAACUACGGCAACUUCAACCUCCUGUCGGUUCUCUCAACCAUCCGUGAGACCCAGAUCUUUGAUUCGGAUGCCAAAAUGGUUUGAACAGGUUGGCAGACGCUCUAGGAAUGUCUCCCUGACGAGCUUCUCAUUGACAUGAAGCUCAUCACAAAGUGUCUACGUCCUUUUAAUGAGUUUGAUGAGGUUUCGGUCAACCAAACACUCCUCAGGAAUCAACAGGUGACACCGCUGACGACCGAACAGCAUGAAGCCAAAAGAGUGCUGCCUUAAGGUGCGUAUAAGAUUGGUCGGUCGGGGACUCUGGACCAAUAACUUAACCUCUAAGGACAAAGCCUGAACAAGCCUGUUGAAUUUGGUAAUUUCUCUGGUAACGUUCGCAGAGUAAAAUCUUGACUCAGUGAGAAAGAAGUAGAGUUUUGGUCUUUUCGUCCAGAAGUCUGGUAACCACAGUGUUACCACACGAAAAGAACCCGUCAUAGCUGUGGUUGUGGCAGGAACUCAGCGGAAGUGUAAAGCCCAACAAGAUGGAUCGGGCAGAUUAGAUGAAGUAAACGCUUUCGAUGCACAUUUACUAUAGAGAUGGCGCAACCGCAUAUUGUGAAAAUUGCUGGUGCACUGUCCCGACAUAGUCGCCGAUCUCCUUUCCCUCAACUCUCCUCGUAACGCUCAUCCUGCUUGAACUCUAUGUCGGUAGCUUCCACGCCCUCCACUGCAGUUGCCAUCAUCGACGAAUUCCCGGUCAUUUGUAUAGCAGGCACGUUCGCGUCACCUCCCCAUCACCAGUCACCACUUUAGUGGGUUAAGACGGUCGAUUAUGCGAUUUCACGCCAAGAAGAAGUCCAGAUAAGCCAGAAAAAGCUACCAUGCUAGAACGGACUUAGUUUUUAACGCCACCCAGUGAAGAACAAAGACAAUGAGUGGAAAAUCGGUUAAUGAUACUUAAAUUCACACCAGUUAAGAUGCACUGCGUAAUAAUUUAUAAACACCAACUUUAAAAAUACCGGAAUAAGGGCGUUAGAAAAAGGGCAAAUAAAUAGAAUAACUAAAAAAUGCACAAAUAAAAUUAUAGAAAGGGCUACCACAAAUACACAGACAAAUUGGGUAAAAUGGGCCCUAAUUUACUGAACCGAAGUUAACCUAUUUAUCGUCAGACGGUAUUUCCUGUUACUGUCGGCUGUAUAUUAAUUCAAGAAAGAAUGGGCACCCCCAGAUCUAUUGGGCAUUUCAAGAACAAACAAUUUCCGACUGUGAGAUCACUCUGCAUUGAAUGUAUUUCAAUUUGACCGCGCGAACUACAAGAUGUGGCAUGUGUCUCACAGCAGAGUAGGCGCAGGGCGAGAACUUGCAUGCGAAGUAGUUUACAGUGACGUCAGACUUGCGCAUGAUAUGACGCUCUCAUCCCUCUCACUUAUCUCGUUCUGGUGACAGACAGGGUCAGUGCGACCGGAAGCGGGCUGUAGCCCAGUAAAUGGCAAAAAUAUAAAAUUUACGCGUGCCACGCACGGAUGGUCGGCAUACAACUGGCCAGAUCCUCGCGGAAACAAGAAAUGGACGGCUCGGAUCCCAACAUAAUGAGUGCCAUUAGAGCCACAUUAACACGAACCGCCCGCAGUCCAUCCUGAGGAGGAUCCGUUUAGCCCGUUAAUUGGUUGCCUCUCAAGUCACCGCCUUUAGCGCGCCGUGAUAGCUUAAAUGUGCAUCGGGUUAUUUACAGUGAGGAACGCACCGAAUUAUACUAGCGAUUAGGCCACCGGAGAAGGACUCCCUCUAUCGUCUGUCUAUUUUCACCAGACGAUUGUUCGAGCCGAUCAACUAACUGAUGCCCUAGUAGCAACCGAUAUCGAGUCGAUAUACGGUUAAUAGCGAUUUAUCGAGAAAAGUAUGUCUCUCACGUAAUUGGCCACCUCGCUCAUGCAAUCCGGCUUUUCAUUGGUUGCCGUUCUUUGGUCGUUUAUUGAUUGCGCGCACACGCUGGCGCGCCAUUAUUUCGCGUGAGCGGCGUGGAACGCGUGAGUUGACAGUCUUUGCACUUACCUGCCAUUCUUCAUUUAUAUCUCUUGUUUGAUACUGUUACAUGUUAACCAUGUUUAGGCAGGAAUCCCGGAGAACACGAUUACGUCGGAUUAAGAGGUAUGGAAACGAGGAUUUCCAGUAAGUGAUGGUAAAUAACGCCGUUAUAACUCUCAGGAGCCACAGGAGAACGCCGAUGACUUUCGAGCAUAAUGCUAUCAGGGAUGUAAGCAAAUGGCAACGCUGCUGUCCAAAAUCGAUGUCAUUGAGAGCCACAGGAAGGUUAUUUCCUACUACUGGACAAUAGCUUCCGCAACCAAUUGGUGGGCAACCUAAUUUAUAACUCCCUCUUGCGUUAGACCUCCUACCUCACAUGCCUUGGUGGGCACAAUGUGGACGACUUCGUGAAGUGA